AUUGAGGGAAAACAAAUAAUAGAGUUGUUGUUUUCACUGUUGAACUUGGGAUUUCCGGGGGUUUUUGUUGUUUAUAAUUAAUUGUGGGAAGUGGGUCUGAGUCAUGACGGACGAGAAGAUCGUCAGCUCCACUGAGAAAGUAGAAUCAACGGAGAGCAAUUCGAGUAAAGAGAAUCAGAGUGCUAAUGCCGAUGAUGAGAAGGAGAAAACUAAGGGGGAAGAGAACGGCGAAAAGGGUAAUUGUAGGGGUGCUUCCAAUGGGGAUGCUAGCAAUUGUUAUUGUGGGAAGGACAGGAACCUCAAUAUCGCAGAAUUAUUAUGCGCCAGUUGUUCGAGAUGGUUUCAUGAGUCAUGCAUUGGUUAUCAGUUAGGCAAAUUAGUUCCAUUCAUGAUGAAUUACAUAUUCAUGUGUAAGAAUUGUUCUCCAACUGGUCUCGAGAGUUUCAAGAAGAAUCAAGCUCAAUUUCCACAAAUGUGCGUCACAGCGAUAGCUAACCUUCUCCAAAUAGCUCAGAAGGAUCCAGAGCAGCGAAUGCUGUUCAAUAAAGACCGAGAUAUCAUUCCAUUUAUCGAGUUACACUGGGAAAGUAUGACGACAAUGCCCAGGAGAGUUACACAAUCUUGGCAUGCAACAAUCCACAGAGCAUUGUUGAAGGACGUUGGAACUCUCUUCACGAUGGAUGAGAACAAUACCGAUGGACAGUUGUUCGGGCUAACAACGCCAGACCUUGUGCUCAUUAAACCCAAUUAUGAGGCUAUGAUCAAAGGUGGACAUUUGAAGAUAACUGAGAUGGGAGUGCAACAUGUCGUACCGUUGGGCUCAGGGCUCAGAGGACGAAAUGCUAAGCGCAAACUCCCGGGGGAGGGCACAGGGACUGGUCCAGGGAAGAAGGGACGAGGAUCUGAUCUAUCCACUCCAAAAUUACCAGCUCAUGGAUAUCCACUAGAGCAUCCGUUCAAUAAGGAUGGGUACAGGUAUAUUCUGGCUGAACCCGACCCACAUGCUCCAUUCAGACAGGAAUUCGAUGAAAGUAGUGAUUGGGCAGGCAAACCGAUCCCCGGGUGGUUGUACCGAGCCCUGAGUCCGAGCACAGUCCUCCUAGCCCUUCACGAUCGAGCACCUCAGAUGAAGGUAGCAGAGGAUCGACUGGCCGUGACUGGGGACAAGGGCUACUGCAUGGUGAGGGCGACCCACAGUGUCUCCAGAGGGACUUGGUACUGGGAGGCGACCAUCGAGGAAAUGCCAGAGGGUUCAGCAACUAGACUUGGCUGGGGACAGGACUACGCGAACCUCCAGGCUCCCCUGGGAUACGAUAAAUUCGGGUAUUCCUGGAGGUCCAGGAAAGGCACGAGAUUCCAUGAGAGCAGGGGGAAACACUACAGCAAUGGCUAUGGCGAGGGUGACACUCUAGGGUUCCUCAUUAUUCUGCCAGACACCUAUGACUCCUCGCAUAUUCCUAAUACUUAUAAAGAUCGUCCUCUAGUUAAAUUCAAAUCCCACCUCUACUACGAAGAGAAAGAUCAAGUUCCUGAAGCACUGAAGACACUGAAGUCCCUUCCAGGAAGUAAAAUAUUAUUCUAUAAGAAUGGAGUAUCUCAGGGUGAAGCUUUCGUUGAUAUGUACAGGGGUGGCUACUACCCAACUAUUUCCAUUCAUAAAAGUGCAACAGUUUCAGUAAACUUCGGGCCUAAUUUCAAAUUCCCACCGCAAGACGUUACCUUCCGAGGGAUGUGCGACAAAGCGGAGGAAGCAAUGGCCGAGCAGUCAAUGGCAGACAUGCUCUACCUCAAUGAGAACGAGGGAAAACUCAGACUGGACACGUACUCUUUAUGACAUUAAUGAAAAUUUUUAUUUCAAUUUUUCAUUGAGUUCUGCAUUAACUUAAAAUCAAUGUCAUUAAAAAAUUGUGAUUACAACUGUUCUUGAAGUUACGUAAAUCAUUGUGGAUGAUAAUUGUAUUCGUGAUCCUCGUAGAUUUUGCAGUUUUAGUAAACGAGUAUUGAACUGGAUGAUAAA